UUUGAGCAGUACUGGUCGGAAAUUUUACAUUUACCAAAAAAAGGUAAAAAGGUCAUUUGUUACACCGUAAAUUCGCAAAGUUCGAUGACCAUGUAUCAGUGUCUGCACGUCAUGACAUAUUUUAGUCUUUUUUUGGGUACAGGUGCAUAUUUCAUCCAAGGUUUAUGCAUAUAAAUGCGGUUUUUAAUGACACCUGUUCUAAAAACAAAAAAUAAUCACAUAUUUUCGAUAAUAUAAUCAGAUGUGACGUCUUGAAUACAGUAUAAAUAGAAGUACCAAGAGUUUGUCUGGAUACAAGACAGAUCGUGAAUAACAUCCGUUACAAUUUAUAAAUUAUAAUCAUGGGUCGAAGUGUGUGGUCAUUUUUAUUGCUGUGUCAGUUAACUUUGGUUUUUGGAAAUAAGUGGGACUGUGCCGAUUACUACUGGAGGGACUACUUCGGUACCAUUCCUUAUGAUGCUGUACCAGCUGGAAAAGACCACAAUGGUAAUAACCGGUACAUUGGACUAGUGUACAUUCGUGGUUUCGAACUUCUUCCAGCCACUAUUUUACCACAACAAGGAGUAGCACAAACCACAGCAUACACUCAUGUCUUGACUACCAGCCAAUAUGUGAAAAUACUGUGUAGUCCUUACAAGGCAGCUUUAGAGUGGAUCCAUGUUCAAAGCAAGGAUUUACACGAUUAUGAAAGUCGUAAUCUGAUUCCUGGAGGUAGUGAAGUAGGGGAAAGUCUAUACAUUGGAAGAGUUUUUGAAAAUGGGGACGUUAUAAUAGGAAAAAUAUUUAGACAUGAACGCGCCAAUAGAGGAAUUUGGUAUCCCGUGGGAGAUACUUUUAAAAAUUCAUUAACGUAUGAACUUCUCUUAUAUAACUGUUAUAGAAAAGAUUUCCCUACGUUUGACGUUAGGACAGGUGUUUCUGAUAAACAAAAUCAUACUGAGAUACAGCCUUGUAAGAACUUAUUUUCGAUCCAACAAACAAUACUGUGUGCCGGCUUACCUCCCUUCAUACUGAAUCCGUAA